AUGCGUGCUGUGGUGUUGCUCGUAGCCAUUGCGGCGGCCGCUUGGGCUCAGAAUACAUGCUACACGACUGACCUAAAUGCGGCCACAGCGACCCUGGCCAGCAAGAUUGGACUCCAGAAUACUACGGGUAUCUGGAAAGACUACACGAUUUUCAACUACUUCCUGCUCGACCAGUGGGGACAGAACCCGGGCAGCACCCAGAAUAUCCUCAACGUUUGCAAUGCACUCGACACUUUCUACGGUAUGCUCUACCCGAAGGGCAACUACUUCUGCUUCUCCCUCCAGAAUCUGCUCCAGCAGGGAGCUGACCCGACAUCGGCCUUCAGCAUCGACGGCACCUUCGCCCAAUAUGCGUUCAACUGCGGACCCGGGCUAACCACGUUGCUUCACGAGAAUCUGCCGUGCGUACAGCGAACGAUUGCUGGGUAUCAGAAUACGCUGAAGGCAUGCUUGACCUCGUUCACCAACAAUGUUCUUCAUGAUCCCCAGAAUUCUUGCACCUACCUUGGCCAAUGGGAGAAUUGCUUCGUGGCCCCCUUCAACACGACCGCCUGCCGUUCUGGGUCAGCUGCUGAUGUGUGGUGGGCAUGCGAGAGUGCCCGUAAAUUCGGCCUCAACCGAGCCCUGAACUGCGGGAAUACUUGUGAUUACCACAUGGGCCCUCCCCAGGCGGCCGAAUACCAGGCCGAGCACAUCAAGAUGGUCGACGGGGUGGCGCACUUCAAGAUUCCGGAUUAUUGGACGCUCGUUGAUGGAGUGAAACAACUCAUCGUCGGCCCCUGGAUGUCGGAC